AUGAGCCCACAGCCCUUGCACGGGUCACCUAAAAUGAUGUACGAUGCGCGUCAGCAAUUCGCGACCAAUAUUCCACUGCCCGUUUCCCAGAACAUGACCUAUAUUGAUUGUUGCCCGAACCCGGAUGAAAUUUGGGCUCGACCUUGGGACCAGAUGCUGGCCUCCGGCUCGGGCGUGAAUUGCCCAGAAGAUUUGCGCACGGCCAUAUCACAGGCGGUGAAAGAUGCACAGCAGUUAUGGGAAGAGAACCGCGAUUUACAGGGUCGUUUCGUGAAUGACAUUGGUGAACUCCAGCGAAUCCAGAUGGCCAUUCGACAGCUCGAAAAUGACCCCAACAAUUCACAGCUCGCGCAGGCGCGACAGUCCCUGACGGAUAUGCAGCGCCGUGCCUCGCAGGUCUACGAGAUGCUGGCGAACAAGCGGGGCGAGCUGACGAAUCGCCUGAAUAAUGGCAUGAGCUGCGUUGCCAUGCUACAGAACUAUCUAAUCAGUGAGCGGCUGUUCAGCUGGAAGAAUCAGCAGAAAUUGGCGCAAGUCGGGUUCCCGUUUGAGAAUCGGGACACCUGUCUGGAUGAGAUUCAAAAAGAAUUCGAAUUUCUGGCCGAGCAGACGUGGCAACUCCGGACAUUUGCCUGCUAUCAGCUGGACUUCGUCAAGAGCUUAAACGACAACAACUCGGUGCUGUGCGGCCAGAACUUGUCAGCGAUCACGGAUCAACUGUCCAAGCUGUUAUGCAUGCUCGUCUCUCAGUCGUUUGUCGUCACCGUUCAACCGGAUCCGGUGCUCAAGACGCAACAUAAAUUUGUUACGGAGGUUCGUCUUCUCAUCGGCGAUUCUUUGGGAAUUCGCCAAAACCUCGUCAACACAAACGUGACAGUGAAAAUCAUCGCCGAAGAGGAUGCGAAGCUCCUCUCAAAUGCUCAACUCUCUGAGAAGGAUAUAAAAACCGUCGGCUCAAUCUCGAACGAUUUCGAAAAGAUGAUGAUGGACGAGAAGGGGCACAUGGCGGCUAAAUUUAACAAUUCAAAAUUAACCCGAAUCGCCCACCGGAAACAGCCACCCCGCAGCGCCGCCGACCAGCGCAACAAUCCCGUCUGCGCGGCCACCGAUCAAAAAUACGCGCUGCUGUUUCAUAUCAGCCCCUUUCAGUUGGGCAAUUUGGGCAAGUUUGAUGUCUGGACGAUGUCGCUUCCGCUGAUGGUCACCGUGCACGGAUCCCAGGAUUGUGAUGCUCAGGGUGCCAUCCUGUGGCAGCGCGCCUUCAAUUCUGUGAAUCGCGCUCAAGGCGCCUGCGACAUCCAGCAUGUUGCGUGGCAAGAUUUGGCGGAGGUGCUGAAGCACAAGUUCGUCUUGUUCACAGGAUCCCGGCGUACGCUCUCCGAUUCCGACCUGAACUAUCUGUACGAAAAGUUCUACGUGCCAAAUUCGCAGGACAAUAAGCCGCUAACGUUUGGGCGAUUUGCAAAGGAGCGGCUACGCGACGACGUGAACUUCUCGUUCUGGGAGUGGCUGUUCUCCAUCAUGCAGUUGAUCAAGCAGAAGCUGCUCAAGUUCUGGGACGAGGGCUGGUGCAUCGGGUUCAUCUCGAAGCAGGACGCUUCGGAAGCCAUGCACUCCUCGCCGGAGCCGACGUUUUUGCUGAGAUUCUCCGAUACUCAAACGGGUGCUGUGAGCAUCGGGUUUGUUUGUGAGGGCGUGCCGUUCCACCUGGCGCCCUUUUCCAUCAAGGAUCUCGAGCAGCUGUCGCUCGCGCAGCGUAUCGUAUCGUGUCCUCAACUCAAAGAUAUUCGAUGCAUGUACGGCAAAAACGGAAAUGCCGACAAAGAAGAAAUUCUGAAGUACUUCGAGACGGAGGAGCGCAACAAACAGGGCAGCGACAGCCCCACCGGCUACAUCCUCAGCGAGAUCAUCAUGGUCGCCAAACCGGCAUCUGGUCGCUUCUCGUCCUCUUUUGGCAACGACUCCCCGUCGCCCCUGUCGACAAACUCCCGCCUCGACUGGUCUCCAGGCGAGGUGAUCCAGCCGAUGAAUUCUAUGGAUAUCGGCGACUACCCAAUGGGCGGUUUUGACGGGAAUGUGGAGGCGCUGCUCGGAGGCGGCUUCACGGCGCGGCUACCUGAUCAGCCGCUGCAGCCCGUCGACUUCUCGCUGUUCGACAACUUCCAGCAUCAGCAGAAUUUUACGAAUCAACAGCCAUACCAUUACAAUGAUCAGCACCACCCACAGCAACAGCAGCCCUAUCAG